AUGGUUUAGCUUAAAACGAAUUAUAAAUACAUCAUUUUAAAUAAAUUGAUUUUAUAAACGAUUUAACCAAAGAACAUUAAAAAUUUUAGCUAUUAAUGCAAAAUAGGUUAAAUUAUGUAAAACCUAUUUAACAUUGGGUAAAUAUUGGAAGCAUAAAGCCAGCCAUAAAUGCUAUUAAUUAAUUAACUGAUCCUUGUAAUGUAAUGGAUGCUUUAAUCUCAUAUUAAAUUUGGUUUAGAAUUCCUUCAUAAAGUUUUUGAUAUUCAUAAAGAUGUAAUAUUUAUUUAUUUAUUAAAGUUUAUUUUUGUAAUAUUAAAGGAAAUUAUAAAUAUAAAAAUAUUUAAUGUUUUAGGAAAAAUAGAUUUAUCUAGAGAAGAAAGAGUCAAUAAGUAUAAUAAUUUAAUUGAAUGUCUUAAAUAGAUAUAUAGUCUAUAAAGAAUUAAAAAAAUAGCAUUAAAAAAGCCAAACGAAUAAGUAAAUAAUAUAAACAAAUAUUUAAUAUUUUUUGUUUAAUAAAUAUAUUUUUAACAAAAAAUAGAUAGGAUAACUAUCAUAAAUAAUACUUAAUGA